AUGAGCCUGUCUCUUUACGAGUUGUCUCUUCUCAAACCCAGCAGCAUUUUGCGCAUAUUUGCUGAGAAGCGGCACGUGCAGCUCGUGCACAAUCUGCGGUCUCCCUCGCGCCGCAGCUGCAGCCAAAAACGCCAGCCUCAGCCGCAGCAGCAGCAGCAGCAGCAGCAAGGGCUACACACACUGUGGGAGGUUGCUGCUCGGUAUCUCGGCAUUUCUGAAGGCAUCAAGAGUGCCUUGGUCUGGAAAUGUCUUUUCUCUUUUUGUCUGGCGCAUUGUGAUUGGCGGGGGGUGGCCCUUUGCGUGGCUGAGCUGCCGCUGCAACCCACUGUUACCUGCGACCCUUUGGGGCGCCUUAAACUGGCUACUGCUGCUGCCAGUAGCAGCAGCAGCAGCAGCAGCAAAGGCAAGGUAAAGAGGCUCGCGCUGCUGCAGCGGAUCCUUUCCUUUCUACGAAGACGCAGAGAAGGGGGGGAGUCGGUCUUCCUUGACGAGCUGCUGCUGCAGCAGCUUGCAAGGCGAGGUCUGUUUUUAGAGGCUCCAACAGCAGCAGCAGCAGCAGCAGCGGAAGCAGCGGGUACAGAGCAUGACGACACAGUUCUGGCUUUGCUGCUCCAGAGACACGCGAAGGCUGGCCGACUGUUUAGGAAGCAGCAGUCUCUGCCGCCGCAGCAGCAGCAACGGCAGCAGCAGCAGCAGCCGCAGCUCGAGGCGGCGGCCGAAAUGCUGCCUGUGGGGUCUCUGUCUCCUCUUCACCUCUUUGUCAUGCAGCUGUGCCUCUCCAACACGCUUCCCUCUUUGCUUCUUUCCUACCUAGAGCACUUCUGUUUGGGGAAUGACUUUGAAGCUCAGCAGCUCUUAAAAGCCAGCAUUCGAGCUAGAAGCAACAAUAGCAGCAGCUGCAGCAGCAGCAGCACAAGCAGCAACGGCAGCAGCACCCUGCACUGGGUGACUGUGGCCUUGCUAGGCCGGUUGGGAAACCACGCGCUGGCGGCAGCAGGAAUGCAUCAAGCAGCAGCUCAGCUUUACCCCCGAGGGGACUCUUUUGUUUGCAAGGACUCCGAGGGAACACCAUUUUUGCCUGUGUCGGCUGUCUCCCGUCUCUCUCCGCCCAUGUUAGUUUCACUGCUGGCCUUUAUCCCGCAGCCUCCUGCUGCAGCAGCAGCCACAGCAGCAGCAGCAACCACAGCAGCAGCAGCAGCAGCAGCAGCGGAUCCCCGGGGUGGCAGCGAGGGGCAGGAGCACCUCUUUUCUGUUUCCCCUGCAGACUUGCGAUUUGGUCUGGCACCCUUCAGGGAGUUGUCUAGGGCAUACUUUGUGGACUGCAUGCAACAGCAGCAGCAGCAGCAGACGCAAGAUCUGGUUCAGCAGCAGCAGGAAGGGAAGACGCGGUUUCAGGAGAAGCCUGCGGUCCUGAAAACCUGCCUCUUUGCUGCUUCUGUCUUGGAGCAGCAAAGGCGCAUACGCCAUUACCAGUCUUUUGGGGGACAAGGGCAGCAGCAGCAACAGGCGCAGCAGCAGCAGAACCCCUCUUGGUUUUUAAUGGACAUGCAGACAUGGCGAAAAGACCUGUCCUUGUUAAAUUUACUCUCAGAGUGUUUUCGUUCGCUUGAUGUGGGUUCUCUUUUGGAGCCAGUUGAGGUAUUUGCUGCUGCUGCUGCAGCAGCAGCUGCUGCUGCUGGUUCUGGCGGAGGCGCUGACUCCUUUAGUGCCACUGGCUGUGUCACCCUCGGUGCUGCAGUGACAGGGGCUGCUGCUGUAGCAAAUGGCCUGGAGCAGCAAGGAUCAGCAGCAGAAACAGCAGCAGCAACAGCAGCAGAGGCAAAAGCCUUACCUUUGGCUGUUAGGCAGUCCUUUUUGAAUGGACAAGCCUUUACUUCUUUGCUGCAACGUGUCCAUGGGCCAAAACCAACUACAGCUGCUGCUCUUGACUCCAGCUGCCGCAGCAGCACCAGCGAGGGCUUCAGUGUGGCAUAUUUCCUUUCUCAGGGUCGUCCCUCUGCUGCCUUUCAUUUGCUGCUUGCCAGCCGCAGUAGCUGCCGCUGCUGCUGCUCACGGCGGAGCAGCAGCAGGAGCAGCACAUGUCCUGCUGCUGAAGGCAACACUUUCUCUGAAGGGCUGCUGCUACCGCUGGACCCGGAGCAAGCAGACCUGCUGCAGGAAACAGCCGUUCACGUGGCGCUGUGCAACUUACUUGAUGAAGGAGUUGUCUCUUCUUGUCUCCUUUUUUUGGAGUUAUGCGGCAUCGACGCCACCAUUCUGCGAGUGGACGCGCAGUCCGCUCGCCGCAUUUACGAGCACCAGAAGCAGCAGCAGCAGCAGCAGCGGCAAAAUUCUGCUGCAGAAGCGACGAACCGCAGAGCAGCAGUGCCCGGUGAUGAUGCUGCAGCAGCCACAGUCAUACAGCUCUUCCGGGGCUUUCCCCGCCCCUCAUCCAAAUCUGGCAGCAGCAGCAGCAGCGCGAGCAGCAGCAGCAGAAGCGGCCGGGGCAUAUCUUCCCCUGACCUUCUGUCAGCUCUUCGCCUUUUAGAAGAAGCCACUUGGGCCCUCAGCGCCCCCCCAGAAAAGGCAGCUUCUGGGAAUGCAGCAGCUGCUACUGCUGCAAUUAAGAGACAGGCAACUAACCCGGCCCACGAGCUUCCUCAUUCGCUGACGCUGCUGCAUGAGUUGGCACGGAAGGGCCACUGGCUGUCUGUGCUUCAUGAAGCAGAACUCCAGCGGUGCCCCAAAGACACUUUGCGGGGGGUCAUAGAAGGGUAUUUCACGGACCCCUGCCUGCGAGGGCACCUGAAGAGAGCGAUAGGCUGCAGCAGCAACUCACGUUCUGCUGCAGCAGCACCGGAGUCAUUCUGGGGCAAUUCAGACCCUCUCUACCUCCUUGUUGCUGCGAGACAGAAGCAGCAGCAGCGGCAGCUGGGCCUGCAGCUGCUGCGGGAGGCUCUGCGGCUGCGCCGCCCUCGCCUUGCGGUGUACGCGAGCUGCUUCUCGGACUGCAGUUUGCUGCAGUGCCUGUCUAUAUGGCUGGCCCUCCAGGCUGCACUGUUGCUGCCGCAGCACCACCACCAUCAAAAGCAGCAGCAGCAGCAGCAGCAGCAGCAGCUUGCUGGGCUGCUGCGUCAGUCAGGGCUGCAGCGCAUGCAGGUGCACGGAGCUGUCCUACCAACACAGCAGCAGCACCAAGAAAUGCUUCCUCGCCUGCUGCAGCUGGUCCAGACGGGCGCUGCAGCUGCAGCAUCUGCAGCAGGUGCUGCAGCUCGUGAUGAGUGCAUUCUGGUUUCUGCAACAGCCGAAACUCUCUGGGGUCUUGUACUGAGUUUAGGGGAGGCCGGUUGCUUCGUGCUGCUGCUGCGGGGCUUUUCUCUCUUUGACCCGAAGAGCCCUCUAAUGCAUGUUUUGCAUUUCUUGAGGUAA